GGCCUAAAUCAUGUCCACAGUAUCUUUCAUAAACUGCAUUAACCUUGUCGGUGGAGAUAAAUAAAUGCAACUCCUAUAUAUGUCAACCCUGUAUACACAAAACUUGUGCAUCAAAAAUGGCUUCAAGUGGAAAAACUAAGGAACUACACUUAGUAAUGUUCCCUUUCUUUGCAUUUGGUCACAUUAGUCCUUUUGUGCAGUUAUCCAACAAGUUAUCAUCCUAUCCCGGUAUCAAGAUCUCUUUCUUGGCCGCUUCAACCAGUGUCGGUCGUAUCGAAACCAUGCUCAACUCCACCGCGAGCACCACAGUCAUCCCUCUAACUUUACCGCAUGUCGACGGUCUCCCAGAAGGGGUCGAAAACACCUCCGACACCUCGCCAGAGACCGCCGAACUUCUAAAAGUUGCAUUAGACCUAAUGCGACCCCAGAUCAAAACCUUACUAACCAAUCUCAAACCUAACUUCAUGUUCUUUGACUUUGCGCAAGGGUGGCUGCCCGAAAUCGCGUGUGAUCUCGGUAUAAAGUCCAUCUUUUUCACCGUUUUCAUGACGAUUUCCAAGGCGUUUGUGACCUCCUGGUUCGCCCACGACACGCCACCAACUAUAGACCAACUGAAGAAACCUCCAGCUCUGCAUCCCAUCACUUUAAAAACUUUUCAAGCUCAAGACUUGAUGUACAUCUUCAUGAGCUUCCAUGGCACACCAAGCGUAUUCGAUCGCCUGAUCAAAUGCUUCAAUGGAUGCAAUGCUGUACUCAUCAAAUCAUGUAGAGAAAUGGAAGGACCGUACAUCGAGUAUGUCAGCAACCAAGUUAAGAAGCCAGUUCUUCUAAUCGGUCCAGUGGUUCCAGACCCACAUUCGGGCGAAUUAGACGAAACAUGGGACAACUGGUUGAGCCAGUUUCCAGCUAAAUCCGUCAUCUACUGUUCUUUCGGGAGUGAGACUUUUCUAACAGAUGAUCAGAUCAAAGAGUUAUCUUUAGGGUUAGAACUCACCGGACUUCCUUUCUUACUGGUGUUAAAUUUUCCAGCAAAUGUUGAUAGCUCUACUGAACUUAAAAGAACACUACCUGAGGGGUUUGUGGAUAGAGUGAAGGGUAGAGGGGUUGUGCACUCAGGGUGGGUGCAACAACGACACAUACUUGCACAUGAAAGUGUGGGGUGCUAUGUGUGUCAUGCUGGUUUUAGCUCGGUGGUUGAAGGUCUGGUUAAUGACUGUCAGCUGGUGAUGAUACCGUUAAAGGGUGACCAGUUUUUAAACUCUAAACUGAUUGCUUUGGAGUGGAAGGCUGGAGUGGAAGUGAAUAGGAGAGAUGAAGAUGGGUUUUUUGGGAAAGAUGAUGUGUUUGAAGCUGUGAAGAGUGUUAUGAAGGAUAGUGAAAAAGAACCAGCAAAGUCCAUAAGGGAAAAUCAGAAGAAAUGGAAGGAGUUUUUGCAGGAUGAUGAGAUACAUAACAAGUAUGUUGCAGAUUUUGUUGAGGGCUUGAAGGCUCUUUGAGAACAUGGUUUGACAUUUAAUCUGUUUUUUUUUUAAAGUUGUAUCGAAUUUAAAUGUUCAGUAUUUGAUAUGAAUAAACGAAAUAAUUUCUUGGACAAAAAAAGUUAA